AUGGACAAGUCACAAGUCGCUUACUCGCCGGACCGGCCCGGUUCCGACAGCCCGACGUCAACCACGCCGCUGCUUGAGCUCGAGUCUCGGAGUGGCGAUGCGGAGAUGACCCGGCGCGUCAACCGCAAGCUGGAUUGGGCCCUCUUGCCGCUUCUCUCGCUCCUCUAUCUGUUCAACGGGUUGGAUCGGGGGAACAUCGGAAAUGCUCAAACUCAAGGUGAUACCCCUGGCACGGCGGUCAGGACGGGCUUUUACCCGACCGCGGUCAUGUACUUGGCUUCGUUCUACUCCCCCUUCGACCUUGCCGUCCGGAUCGGGCUGUUCUUCGGCCAGUACGCGAUUGCCAGCGCGUUUUCCGGAGCACUAUGGCCUGACACGGCGUGGUUCUUGACGCGGAAGGAACGGGCCUUUGCCACACAUCGGAUGAGGCUCGAGCACCCCGGUCAGGGCGAGUUGGGUACGCUCACCAGGAGAGAUGUCGUCGAGACAGCCAAGGACUGGAAGCUGUGGUUUGCGCUAGCCUUUAACAUCUGCGUCAGCGUACCCGCGAGUGCCUUCUCCGUGUUUCUUCCUUUGGUGGUGCAGGGGAUGGGGUACCGGGCCAUCGAGGCCAACCUGAUGUCGGUCCCCCCAGCCGUGUGCGGCGCAAUCGGCCUGUACCUGUUCGCAUCAAGCUCGGAUCGGCACAGGGAGCGGGGCUACCACAUCGCCGCUGCCAUCGUCAUCACCCUGGCUGGGCUCGUCGGCGUGGCUGUUCGUCCGCAGUGGUGGUGGCAGCCUCGGCUCCAUUGCUGGGCGGUUGGGGCCCCGGAGUCGAGCCGGGUGGCAUGGCUUAAACUCAUCUGCCGCGACGACAUCGUGAAGUCGGUCGAUCCGUUCGAUAAUCCCCUCCCCCAGCGAACCCGAUGCCAGAACAUGCCGAGGCCGCCGAAUCCAUCUGCGAACCUGGACCUCUCAUCGACCUCGGCGGCGUCGCCGCUCCAUCGCCUGCCCGUCAAUCCCCGCAGGAAGAAGGUCGCGCCAGACGAGCGGAAGCGCGUGGCCACGGCCUGCAAUAGCUGCAAUGUGCGCCGCAUCAAGUGUAGCGGCGAGCGCCCGUGCCGCCAGUGCACGAGCGCCCAGCGUGACUGCUUGUACCCGGAGCCCGUCGAGAGGGUAACCAUCCCGCGGGCCGAGCUGGAGUCGCUGCGGCGUCGGUGCGCGUCGCUCGAGCGCCAAAUGGCCGCGACGGAGCGCGGUGACCGCCGGCGGGAAGCCCCGCACCAGGUCGGCUCGCCCUCGGUCUCAUCCCGCACGGACACAGCCGACUCGCUGUCUCUCGAUGGCGAUACGCAACACACCAUCCGGCCCGGCGGCAUCGACGGCCGAAUGCUAGCUGACCCUGCCGGUACCACCCGCUAUCUCGGGGAGACGUCUGGGGCGACCUUUCUCGACACGCUCAAGGAGCUGAUCACGACGGCCACGCCCCUGGCGCAGGUGCUCGACGGCGACCCCGGAGAGACCCUCGCCGGCACCGCAUUCCUCGGCUCCGUGGGCCAGUACCAGACGCACGAUUCGCGCCCAAUGGUGUUGCCUACCAACAUUGACCCGCUCGCACUUCCUCCCGAGGAUGACAUGAUCGUCGCCUUGAGGCAGGCCCGCUACUUCAUCCAGGACGGCGAUGGCGCUUUCCCCAGCGGCGGCAUCAUGUUCUGGCCGUUCGAGGACAUCCAGAGCAUCGUCGCGCUCGCGUCCCUCCCCGGAAUGCAGGGUCCGGGUGGUCUGACGCGCCCCGGCCCUCACCACCGCGCCUUGGCCCUGUACCACACCGCCUUUGCCAUGGCCCGCCUGCUGAACCUGCGAGACCCCGGCUCCGCCGUCGAUGGCCAGCUGGGCGAAGACUCCUUUGCGAGGGCCCGCUCGCUUCAAGGCAACCUCCUGGACCGCACCACAUACACCAUAAGCGACAUCGCCGUGCUAGCCCUGAUGGCCUUGUAUCUGAUCGAGAACAACCGUCGAGACGCCGCCUACAUGGCUAUCAGCAAUGCCAUGGCCAUCAGCGUCAUGCACGGCCUCCACAAGGGUGGCUCUGGUAACGAGGUUGGCGUCCGGACAUUCUGGACCGUCUACGUUCUCGAUAGGUGGCUGGGCUGUGUCAUGGGCCGGCCGCCCACGACCCCAGACGACGCCAUCACGCUUCCGCUUCCCCGUGAAUGCCCCAGCUACCGCGAGGCCGGUUUGCCGGACCUGCUAACCAACGCCACCGUCCGCGUCGGCAAGGCGCUAGAGAUGCUCCGGAAGUGGCGGGAGAGCCUACCCGCCUCGCUUCGGCUCCCGUCGGAUCCUCUGACGCUCAUACCUGUCGAUCUGUUUACGCAGGCCGCUUCGUUCGGACAAGGUCCGGCCAGCCUGCUAACGGGCGCAGCUAGUUUCGGACAGGACCGAGCCUGCUGGGCGCUGCACAUGAGCUACAACCAGUUGGUUAUCCUUGCGGUGCGUCCGGCGAUGCUGAUGGCGGUGUGGAAGGCUGUUGCCAGCAUCGUAUGCAUCCACCAGCCCUUUGACAUCGAGAUUAUGCACUCGCAGAUUGAGCCGAUCCGCGCCUGUAGCGAUGCCGCCCGCCGCAACCUGCGGCUCGGUCGGCUCAUGUGUCUACACAGUCCGCGACAGAAACUGUUACUGGGGGACCUUCAUAAUAUCUUCAACGCCGCCAUUGUGCUCACAAUGCACCAGAUGGUCUUUGUGAACCUCCGAACGCAGGACCUGGACGAUGUUGGGUGGGCCAGCGAGGUGUUUGAGACGGAAGCCAAGACGGGCAAUGAGUAUGCCAAGGACUGUGCGCGCGUCUUACAGGACCUGAAAUACCUCGCGCAGCAGCUGCGGAACCCGAUCCACGACCCAGACACGAAGCAUGUUCUUAUGUCGGGCGAAGGUGCCCUCCGCGACCUGCUGGCCGACGACGUGGCGGGGGCGGACAUGAUGGACGAGGGUACCGAGAAUGCAGCGGCCCCUAAUGGGGACCGGGACUCGCCGAGGAACCAGGCAAACCGCGGCGGGCUGUACCAGGGGGUGGCAGACAUCUACCAGACACUGUCGUGCUGGUGGCACGCGGACUACAUGCAGUUCUACAAUACCUUUCUUUCCUAG